AUGAAAAUUUCGGGCUCAGAAGAAACGUCAACAGCUUUACCAUUUGUAAGUAAUUCAAAUCCAUCAUCAACAUCUCUUGGUACUACUCUUCUAAAUGUCAACACACCAUCAUCUGGCUCAGCACCGAAAUCUAUAUUGAAAAAAAAAACGGAGUCUAGAAGCACAAACCCGUCUGAUACCCGAACAAAAGUUAACAACGGUGCCAAUGGAUGUACUACUGAUGAUAAUUUAAAUGCACCAAAAACUUUCAAAGAUAGAAAAAUAGAGACAUCAGCAAAUACAGACCCAGAUAUAAUACCAGAUACAAAAACGGAGCUACCAGCAGAUGUAGCUCAAUUUAUACCUGAAGGAUUUUUCGAUGAUCCAAAAUUAGAUGCAAAAGUCCGAAAUAUUCCAUAUAAAGACAAGAUGGAUGAGCAGAUGGAAUUGUUUCAAAAAGCAAUUAAGGAAGAAGCAAUGGUUUCGGAAAGCAUAAUUGAGGAAGAUGACGAGGAAAGAGAUGAGCAGCGUCUUUUGGAUGAAAUCGAUGAACAGAUGAUCAUGUGGUCGAAAGUUGAAUAUUUAGCAAAAUCCAAGCAGCCGCAAUAUUCUAUAAUAAGUAGAUAUACGAUUGUAACUUUUGACUCGAACGAUAAAAAAAUUACCCUCCAACUUUCCUCCGGAAUUAAGCUCUUUGUUCGACCGUUGACAAAGUUCUACUUCCAGUCAAAGGCUGCUGUAGGUAAUUCUUGUAGUAAGCUUCUUUAG